GAAACAGUUGCAAAACUCUGAUCUAUAAGAAGCAGCAGAUGCUUGUAAGCACUGCCCCCUCUAAAGUCUCCUCCAAGCUGCAGUCCAUCCUGACUUUGAACUAUAUUGCCACUCCUUCACUAUUAUUCGGUCAAAAUUCUGGAACUCGCUUCCUAACAGCUGUCUGCAUGUGCACCUCAAAGCCAAGCCAAUUUGGGGAAUGGGCAUUAAGCACUGGCCUAAUCAGUGACCCACACAUUCCAUGCAUGAACUUUUGUUUAAAAAUCCAUUGUAGGCAGUACUGCAGAGAUAUGUUGGAUUGCUCCCGAGAAUGAGGAUUUUCCUAACAGAGGGCUUGAAUAUCUGGGUUCUCUGGAGGUCAGAAGAAUGAGAGUGAUGUAUGGAUCCUGGUUUGACCACAUCAGAGAUUGGUAUAGCCAUAAGGAUGAACUCAACAUGUUGUUUGUAACAUAUGAGGAUAUGCAGAAAGAUAUCAGAAGCGUGAUAGGAAAAGUUGCAUCUUUUCUUAAUAAAAAGCUGGAUGGCGAAACCUUGGAGUCAAUUGUGGAUCGUUGCACCUUUGCAUAUAUGAAAACAAACCCUGCAACAAACUACCAAGCUGCAUUGAAGCAUAUCAAUCAUGACAUUGGCCAUUACUUUAGAAAGGGGACUGUUGGAGACUGGAAGAAUCACUUUCUUGUGGCUCAGAAUGAGUGGUUUGAUUUCAUCUACGAGAAGAGGAUGGCAGAAUUUCCUCUGAAGUUUGUCUAUGACCUCUCGUCUGUCUCACAUGAGCAGUAAUUGGAAAAUUUCAGAAAUAUUGCAGCCAGCUCAACCUUGUAAUCAAGAAAUGAGAGGCAGGAAUACGGGGAAUUAAAGACCAUUCAAAAUCAGUUGUAGAAUCAUAGAGAUGUACAGCAUGGAAAAAGACCCUUCGGUCCAACUCAUCUACGCUGACUAAAUAUCCUAAAUUAAUCUCGACUCAUUUGCCAGCAUUUGGCCCCAUCCUCAACUCUUUUUAUUCAUAUUACCAUCCAGAUGUCUUUUAGAAAAUUCCUGUAAACUAGUAUUCUGAAUGUAGGAACAGGGCACUUAGAUAAACAUAAUACUAUUGGCUGAAAUUCACAUUGAUUCAUGAAAGAGAAAUCCUGCUUGGCAGUUCAAUUAAAAGUUUUUUUUUCAAGUUUAAUUUGAAGGAUCAAUGAGGGGAAAUCAGUUGAUGUAGUGUAACUGGAUAUUCAAAACACUCGAAGGUGCCACACAAUAACAUCACAAGAUUAGAGUUCAUGAAGUUGGUGGUAGCAUGUUAACAUGAAUUGAGAAUUGGUUAAGAGACAGAAAACACAAUAAAUGGGUAUUUUUUGAGUUCAGGAGCUGUAACUAGCAGGGUUUUGAGAGGAUCAGUGUUGGGGUUUCUGCUUGCAAUCAGUGUCAAUAACUUGGAUAAGCUAUUCAUUAUAAAAUGCCUCAAUAUCCCAAGAAACCUUAGAAAUUUGGGAAAAUAAGGUGUGAGGAGGACAUGAGGCUACAAAGUGAUGUCAACAAGUGACUUUAAUGAUCCAGACCAUAACUAAUGGCGUAUAAAGUGGGAAUCGUCCACUUUGGUAGGAAAAAGAGAAACCGGGUAUUUUCUGCACAGUUAAAGACUGGAAAGUGGUGGUUUUCAGUGAGGCCUGUGUGUCUUUGCACUAAUCAUAGAAAUUUGACAUGCAAGUACAGUAAAUGUAAUUUGACGUUGAACUACACGGCAUAAUAUAAUCAAGCAGAGUGAGUGUGGCUUCAGGAAGGAAAAAUCAUGCCUGACCAAUUUAAUAGAAUUCUUUGAAGAGGGAACAAGCAGGAUAGAUAAAAGGAAAGCCAGUAGAUGUAUUAUCUUUGGAUUUUGAAAAGCGUUAAGAUGAUACUGCAUACGUUAGGCUACUUAAGAGAGUCUGUGUUGUUGGGGGUACUAUAUUAACAUGGAUGAAAGUUUAGUUAACUUAAAGAAGAUGGAGUUUUCAGCUUGUAACUAGCGGAAUACCACGGCUGGAAUACCACAGUAAUCAUUGCUGGAGCCACAAUUGAAAUGAUUUAACCUCCAGUAACCACAAUCAUAAUUGUGCUAGGUAUGUGUCCAGUGAGCAGAGAGUCCACCCUGGGUAUUGCAUUUAACCUUUUCUAUGUUCAAUACAGAGUAGAACUUCUGCUUAUUGAAUUGCUUGAGCGUAUAGUUUUGACUUCUGGCUUCAGUUACUUUUUGAGUACCAGAGGAAGAGGAUACGAGGCUGAAUUGGCAGCUUACCUGAGACCCUCCAUCUCUUUCUCCAAGUUGCUGGCUGGAAAGAAGCCUACACUUUGCCAGCAAGAAGGAAAACUGCUAGCCCAGCUGAACAAGGAAACUACUUCAAGACACUGACCUCAUGGCAGUUGUAUGUCGUGUGAAUGGCAAUUUGUAAACUAUCUUCUCUCCUGCCAUCCUAAUUUCCACAUGCAUGCGCAUGUGAAUGAAGUAGCAAACCAAUUACCCGCACUUUCAAUGAUUUGUUAAUAAGCCUAAUCACUGAUUUCCUCUUGAAGGAUUUUGCUGUGGAUUUAUUUGAAAAUUUGCUAAAAUGUUCAAUAUAUCUAUAAUGUAUUUUCCUAACCUCAAUCCUUGGAUGAAAUGAAAACUUGGCUUGAAAGCAUGUGUUGGUACAAGUUAGCAAAUUACACAAUAAAAAGAGUAAGAAAUACAUGCA